AGAAUAAGUCCUUGGAAGGUGUUGCGAAUGUGGAGGUGGAGCUACCGACUGACGCCACCAGCGCAGGGCCCGUAAUGGGUAUAAAUGUGGAGCCUGGGACAAGCGAUGGAGUUCGACGUUCCAUGAAAGUGGAACCCGGCUCGUCAAUAAAUCCGGAACCUAAGACCAGCGGCGCCAGUCGUGAAAAUUCGGCGAAAGUGAACACUAGCCCGGCGAACACCGGCGCCACCAAGCACAGUGAUGGAGGGGCUAAGACGUCGAUGGACAAGCACAUCGUCAUGUCCACGGUUUCGAACACUCGUCCUGAAAACUACGCCAUGGGCCUUCUCCUGCCGGGCGAGCUUCACCUGACGCCCCUUCACGCAAUCGUAAGCAUGGCACCGGCGUUGCACCAUCCUGCGGACCAAUCGUCGGACGCCGACGCCAAGGCAAUGCCACCACUACGAGCAGUGGACGAAAGCGGCGGCAUAGCGCCGGAGAGUGACUGCGCGAACAACGAUCUGACCACGCAGGCUGAGGUCUACGUCAACGAAAACGACGGUGCCGAACGUUUCAAACACGUUCGCCAGCGGCGCUUUGCGCAGUUGCAACGCGAGAGCGAAAGCGAACCAUGGGUGGACGCUACAGUCCACUACUGUUACUCCGAGACGUCUCUCACCGAGAGGGAGCUACUAGUAGGACCCCGGAGCGAGCGACACGUCUCGUCUCGUCCUGGGGAACGCUAUCUGCGGAGGCUUCUCACAGGGAAGCCAAUGGCACAGCAUCCAAACGAAGCCCGUUCGCAGAUUCACGCCUUGCCAGGCGAGUUCAGCUCGCAGGAGCUGUCCAUGCACGACAUCAGCUGCCUGCCGCUCGAAGACCAGAUAACGGCCAUCCUCCGAAACGUCAAGGUGAUUGACUUCGGCAAACUGAUGUCGGUGCUGCCGUGCACGGCUAGCGAAGAGUCCGUCCUCAACAUCCUGCAGUACGCGGCGGUUCUGGUACAGGGCUGCUGGGUGGUGAAGAGUGAGGAGCUCUACCCGUGGGAAGGCAUAAGCGAAAAGAAGCUGAAGCCACUGCAAAUACGCGAGAAGACGUUGUGCAACGCCCGCGACCUGCUCUUGUACAUGUACACCGAGACAAGGCACGUCGUGGAGUCCGCGUUCACCGACACCCUCAGGCAAGGCCUCUGUUCACUUCCCCAUGAAGACAUCAGGGCUCUCCUGGAGGACAUCGCCAGGCCGACCCCUGACGGCUGGGAGUUCCUCCUGCCGUGCGACUCCGACUUCACGAAAGCUCACCCUGACGUGGUUCUGAAACAACACCGGGUGUGGCGCGACCGGCGCGUGGCUCUUUCGAGGACGUUCCGCCCGUCCGUGAUGGCGCGACUGCAGAAGAAGCAAAGAGAUCAUGGAGAGUCUUCUUCGAACGAUGGCAGUGGAAACAAGGCUUGCCGUCGUCGGACAACGUCCAAGACACUGGAAAGCACGCCGAGGUCUUCCUGCGGUAGUCCGGUCACGAAGCUCAGCAAAAUGGCGGAAUGAUCCGCUGCAACAACAGCUAGUAACAUUAAAGUCUAAAAUGGUCCGAACUCAAGCUAUCGCAGUUGGUUGGUGAGAGCUUUUAGCCAUGAAUCAGUAACAUUAGGCUCCCGUGAAGACCACGUCGUCGAAAAAUUUGU